GAGAUCGGAGCGGCGUUGUUUGCGUGGUAUACCGUCGAUUUUAUAAUUAAUUGAAACAAAUUGUGUGAAAAAAUGUUUUCCCUCGGACCGAAAAAGGAUGGUGGACCGAAUACAAAAUUCUUCGAGUCUACUGAGGUUCUUACACAGUUGGAUGGGGUGAAACAGUGGCUUCUAAAGAAUUGCAAGAAAUAUAUACAGACAGAUCCACCAACAAACAAAAGUUUGUCAGCUCUGGUCAUACAGCUCAUACAGUUCCAAGAGGACAAUCUUGGUAAAAAUGUUUCCAAGCCACCAAUGACUAGAAUUCCUAUGAAAUGCUUCCUAGACUUCAAACCAGGCGGUGGUUUGUGUCACAUACUCGCUACGGCUUACAAAUUCAAACAAGAACAAGGAUGGAGAAGGUUCGAUUUUCCAGUAGGCAAGUCGGGAUCGCGUAUGGAUCGAGUCGUUGAAAUGCUCGUGGCUGCGGAAAGAGCUCUAGUACAGAAUCGUUGCAUAACGCAACCAUGCAUUUUCGUAAGACCAGAAGUAGACAAAGCCACGGCAGCCAAAAUUAAGGACGUGGUGAGACGACAUCAAGCAACCGUUGCUGAAAAUGAGACUGAAGCGACUCACAUAAUAUAUCCGCCGGUUGAUCCAAUAGAAGAGGAGUACGCGAGGCCUUGUAUGCGUCGUGAACGUUCGGUAUUGCUACAUUGGUACUAUUUUCCUGACAGUUAUGACUCUUGGGCAACAGUUGAUCUUCCCAUCGAAUAUCCGGAAGGCAAUACAGCGAACCCGACCCCAAGGACUCCGUACAAAGUAUGCGCGACUUGGGCGUUGGAUUUAGAUCAAUACAACGAGUGGAUGAACGAGGAGGAUUACGAAGUCGAUGAUGCUGGACAGAAGAAAGCACACAAGUACAGACUCUCGGUCGAAGAUCUAAUGGCACAACCGGCAAGUCAUCCUCCAGCUUCCGCAAAAAAACAAAAGAGGAAACGUUCACCAACUCCACCACCAAAAAUUGGCAAACGUAAAAGUGGACGCGGUCCUGCCGGAAUUCAAGGAACAGCUACACCAUCAUCAUCGUCGUCUUCCUCGUCAGUGACAGCUGCCACAGCUGCCGUAACUCCGAAAAAGACACGCGGUGGUGGCGAGGAAGAGGAAGAUUUGACUCAGGGUAUGGAAGAUCCACCGGCAGAACCUCGGAUUGUCGAAGUCGUUGCAAAUCCUACAAAUCCACCGAUCGCCAGUCAGACUGGUGCAGGUGGCGGUCCUGGUAAUCCUCCUAUCACUGGUAACAAAAAACAGGAUAGCGAACUGCAACCACUAAAAUCCGGAAAUAUGGCAGAUCUGGAUGAACCCAUGGAUGGAGAAAAAGGCGGUUCACAGGGAGCUCAAGAUCGUGAAGAACGAGAUACGAGCAAAGAACGUGCUGAAGGCGCAAAUAAGAGUGACGAACCUGAAGACAAUGUUACGGAACAAACUCAUCAUAUUGUCGUGCCGAGCUAUUCCGCUUGGUUCGAUUACAAUUCCAUUCACACGAUCGAGAAACGUGCGCUCUCUGAAUUUUUCAACGGAAAGAACAAAUCUAAAACGCCUGAAAUUUAUCUCGCUUAUAGAAACUUCAUGAUUGAUACUUAUCGGCUUAAUCCCACCGAAUACAUUACCUCAACAGCGUGCAGACGCAAUUUGGCGGGCGACGUUUGUGCGAUAAUGCGAGUUCACGCGUUUUUGGAGCAGUGGGGUCUGGUAAAUUAUCAAGUUGACGCUGAAUCGCGACCAACUCCAAUGGGACCACCACCAACUUCACAUUUCCACGUAUUGUCAGAUACGCCUUCGGGUCUUGCACCAGUGAAUCCAAAUCCCCCAAAAACGCCACAGCCAUCAGCGGCGAAGACGCUUCUGGAUUUGGAGAAAAAGCCUGUUGUAGCGGGUGCGCCGGGUGGUUCAGAGGAAAAACCUGCGACGGGUGCAAUGACGAAUUUUGGUUUGAAAAUCGAUCAAUACGCUCGAAAGCCCGCUGUACUGAAGAACAAACAAGCAGCUGGUGCAACUCGAGAUUGGACGGAACAAGAGACGCUUUUGUUGCUCGAAGGAUUAGAACUUCACAAAGACGAUUGGAACAAGGUUUGCGAGCACGUUGGUUCGAGAACGCAGGACGAGUGCAUACUACAUUUCCUUCGAUUACCGAUCGAAGACCCAUAUCUGGAAGAAGGUGGUCCCGAGGGCUUGGGCCCACUCGCUUAUCAGCCGGUUCCUUUCUCAAAAGCCGGGAAUCCUGUUAUGAGCACCGUUGCGUUUUUGGCUUCGGUCGUAGACCCGAGAGUCGCAGCGAGUGCUGCAAAGGCAGCUAUGGAAGAGUUUGCUGCAAUAAAAGAUCAAGUUCCGGCCGCUUUGCUCGAUCAACAUUUGAAAAACGUUCAAGCGAGCGCCAACGCAGAUGGGAAUUUCGAUCCCGCGGCAGGUCUCGCUGAAUCGGGGAUCGCUGGAACCGGACCUCCCGAACCACCAGAGGACGGUUCAGCAUCCUCGACACCAGCACCCAGUGCGACACCGAGUGCUGCGACUUCGCCUCAUUCCGCUACAGUUCCCGAACCAUCCAAAAAGGAGGAUCAGCCUGAAAAGUCAAAGGACAGUCCCGGCAGGACACCCUCGUCUCUUGUACCUAAAAAAGAAGAACUUGCAGAAUCUGCUCCAGUCGAAAGGGAUCAACCGGAGAAAAUGGAGGUUGACGUCCCUAAAGAGGUGGAAAGCGAUGUCAAAUCGAAACUGGAAAGUCCUGAGGAGGCUGAAGCUAGGGAAAAGAAAGAUAAGGUUGUACGAGACGCGCAAUUGCAGUCCGCGGCAGCAGCAGCCCUGGCUGCAGCAGCGGUCAAGGCUAAACAUCUGGCAGCUGUGGAGGAGCGUAAGAUCAAAUCCUUGGUGGCUCUACUCGUUGAGACACAGAUGAAAAAAUUGGAGAUUAAGUUGCGACAUUUCGAAGAACUGGAGACGACGAUGGAACGCGAAAGAGAAGGGCUCGAAUAUCAACGACAGCAAUUGAUAACGGAGCGUCAACAAUUUCAUCUUGAGCAAUUGAAAGCCGCGGAAUUCCGGGCGAGGCAGCAGGCUCAUCAGAGGCUUGCACAGGAACAGCAGCAUCAACAACAGCAGAGUCAACAAGCUCAGACGUGGCAAGCUUCUGCGCAGCAACAACAGCAGCAACAACCUCCGCAACAGCCACCACCACCGCCGGUGCAACCGCAACAGCCGCAACAUCAGCAUCAGCAGCCGCCGGUACAACAACCGCCAAGUCCGCAAGCCCAAUCACAGCCCCCUACGUCUCAACCAAUCACGCCACCUCAGACGACCGCAGUGCCACCUGUAACUCCAACCGUCACAACGGCAACAUCGACGUCCCCUCAAUUAGCUCCUCCGUCAUCGCCCCAACAACCUCAACCACAACCACAGCCGCAACAGCCACCACCGUCGCAACAACCGCCUCAACCCCAGCCAGCUAUAUCACCGGCUCCACAACCUCCCCAACAGCCUGUCACCACGCCAACCAUAACGCCAACGACUCAAACAACAACGCAGCCACAAGCUCAAACCCCUCAACAACCGACCGCCCACACGCCACCCCAACAAUCGUAACUUUUCUCCAAAAUCGCCAGAUGAACCAUCAAUAUUUUCCAUAUUAAACGAACAAUGACUAUCGUUCCUCUCGACGAUUAUCCAAAGAACAUCGACAGCUGAAUAAAGAGCACAAAUUACUAUACACUGGUUACGAAUGGGACGAGAUAAGACUCGCGUUGAACAUGUAAAAGAUUCGAUGAAACUCGUGCUCACUGCAUAAACGCUAAGAAAUUACGGGGCACUUUUUACCUGAGACGGAGGGCUACUCGAAGAGCUACGAUAUUAACGCUCGUCGUUCGAAUGGAAAAGAUGAAAACAGUUUCUUUUCUCUCCGAGAUGAUAGAUAGUCGUCCGAACUAAAGCGAAUAAUGAUCAUUGUGAAUGAAUAAUUGUUACAAAUUAUUCUUAAUUAGCCGAUUAAGAUUGUAAUGUGUUUUUUCUAUGUUUUCACGAUAAUUAUUUGUAAUUAUAUCGUCGUAAAUAUUACAUCGCGCAUGGUUUUUCCAUCGAGCUAUUACUGCUGCUUGGAGCCCGAGGGAUUUUUUUUCUUCAUUUUCUUUUUCAUGAGUUUAUUGUGCAACGGAGAGGGCGAUAUUGAGAAACGAGAAAACAAAUAUGUUACAAAAAAGAGAUACAAACAUUUUACGGGCUAAAGAAUGGAUGGACUUUGCUUCGGCAUUUUUUUCGAAAUCUUAAUUGAUGUAAUCGAACUCGUUUUUUUUUUGUGUAAAAUACACUAGCAUUACGUACAUGGA